UAAGCUAAGCUAAGCUAAAUAGUUUUUUCUUUUCUUUUUGAAAAUGGGGAAUUGUUCUCCCAAAUGUACUAGUGUCUCAUCUGAUAACAACAGUCCUACCAAGUCCUCCUCCUCCUCCAUCAGGGUCCUCACAGAUUCAGGCACUAUUCUUGAGUUGAAAGGUCCUAAACUAGCUUCUGAAGUCCUCAACUCUCACCCUGGCUAUGGCAUUUUCAAGCAGGGUCAUGGAUCAUCACCCUUGGCCAAAGAUGAGAGUUUAGUAGGAGGAAAAUUCUACUACCUUCUCCCACUAAGGAAUAAUCGUGGUGGUGUCGAAACUAAUAUUACUGCCAUGGAAGCUGAAUACAUAGCUGCUGCUGCUGAGGCGAAGAAGAGGUCAUUAUCUCAUUCAGCGUCGGCCGAGUUUGUGGAGAAUUUGGCGAGUGGUUCGGGUAUGCGAGUGCUGCCCUCCGGAGGGAAUGGUGUGUGGAAGGUGAAGUUGAUGAUUGACACUAAACAGUUGGAGGAGAUUUUGUCUGAGCAAGGCAACACUGAGGCCUUGAUUGAGAGAAUGAGGAUGGUUGCAAGCUCUGCUGCUGGCACACUCACUCCCAGGCACAGCAAGAGUAGUACAUGGAAAUCUAACUUGUCUAGCUUGUUUAAUAAGGUGCCUGCUGCUGCUGCUGACCACUCUAGGAGAGAAAGCCCAGUUAGUGGAUUUUUGCACUGUUAGUUCUUUUUUUUUUUUUUUCCAUUUUAACUUGAUGGAAUGUUUGAUGGGUUUGUUGGUGCCUUCCUACAUGAAACUUCAUGUUUCUAUAGGAGAGAUUUUAACUUUUAACUGUUUCAUGUGUUGGGAUACUAUGUAUUUUAUGUGAGUUUUUAAUUAGUGUGUUGUUGUACAUGUUACCAAAGAAAGAGAAGGGUUUUAGUCUUAUCAGCUGACUGUAAUGUGCAAGAAUAAAUAUGUAUAUUUUGUCUUUAUAA